CAGGACUGGAAGAAGAGUUUGACUUCAAAAAACAAGGACGAUAUGCAGACCAGGAAGCAAUGGACUCAAACACACAAGACAAAAGGUGUGUCUUUCAAGGCUGCUGACGGGCCCCAACAGGAGAAGAGGAGGCCCCAAAUAGUGGAACCAGUUACAAUCGAGGAUGUCACCGUGGUUUUCACGGAGGCAGAAUGGAAGAGCCUGAGCUCUGAGCAGAAGAACCUCUAUGGAGAAGUGAUGCUGGAGAUCUACAGGAAUCUGCUCUCGUUGGUAGAUCCAAAGCCGGACACUCAUCCCUGUUCCUCCAGCCUUCUGGCUUUCUCUUGUCAGCAAUUCCUCAGCCAGCAUAUACUUCAGAUCUUCCCAGGCUCCUGUGCAGUACAUCCCUCCCAUCCACAGAGUUCCAGCCCAGGCCAUCAGAAGCAGCCAGAGCAGCAGGAUUCUGAUCGGAGCUGCUGGAGUGAAAACACAGCUGGUCAGAGAGAAGAUGUUUCCAAACCUGUGUGUGGGAGGACAGGGGAGAGAGAGGCUUCCAGGGCAUUCUCCAGCUCACCUCAGAGACAGUCAGCAAGCCCUAGUGAAGACCUCACAAGGUUAGGAAUAGAGCCCAGCUCGGCCCAAAGAGUGACAUAUGUGGAAACAGAUAAAGCGCUGAAGGAAUUACAAACCUCAAGAUUUGGAGCAGUUGACUAUAAAGAGGAUGGAGCUGACUAUGGCCUGAGAUCAGACUUCAUGGCAAAACAGAGGCCUGUCUUCCGGAAGAAGUCCCAUGCAUAUAUUUGCAGUGAGUGUGGCCGUGGCUUUGCCCAGCAGUCAGGCCUCCUUAACCACCAAUGGACACACUCAGGGGAGAAGCCACAUGUGUGCAAAGAGUGUGGCCGAGGCUUUAGCCACAAGUCAACUCUCAUCACACACCAGAGGACACACUCAGGGGAGAAGCCAUAUGUUUGCAGUGAGUGUGGCCGAGGGUUUACCCAGAGAUCACUUCUCCUUCAGCACCAGAGCACACAUUCAGGGGAGAAGUUGUAUGUUUGCAACAAGUGUGGCCGAAGCUUUCACUGGAAGUCAGGCCUCCUUUACCACCAGAGGACACACUCAGGGGAGAAGCCCUAUGUUUGUAGUGAGUGUGGCCGAGCCUUUACCCACAAAUCAGGUCUCCUUAUGCACCAGAGGACACACUCAGAGGAGAAGCAAUAUGUUUGCAGUGAGUGUGGCCGAGGAUUUAUCCAGAAGUCAGGCCUCCUUAACCACCAGAAGACACACUCAAGGGAGUUGCCGUAUCUGUGUAAGGAGUGUGACCGAGGCUUUACCCGCAAGUCAGGCCUCCUUAACCACCAGAGGACACAUACUGGAGAGAAGCCACAUGUGUGCAAGGAGUGUGGGCGAGGCUUUAGCCACAAGUCAACUCUUGUCACACACUUGUGGACACACUCAGGAGAGAAGCCCUAUGUUUGCAGUGAGUGUGGCCGAGGCUUUACCCAGAAAUCAGUCCUCCUAAUGCACCAGAGUACGCAUUCGGGAAAGAGGUUAUAUGUUUGCAGUAAAUGUGGCCAAGGCUUUAAUUGGAAGUCAGGCUUCCUUUACCACCAGAGGGCACACUCAGGGGAGAAGCCCUAUGUUUGUAGUGAGUGUGGCCGAGAUUUUAUCCGGAAGUCAAGCCUCCUUAUGCACCAAAGGACACACUCAGGGGAGAAGCCACAUGUGUGUAACGAGUGUGGGCGAGGCUUCAGCUCCAAGCAAAGCCUUGUUAGACAUCAGCGGGCUCACUUGCGAGGAAGUCUUAUGUUUGCCAUAAAUGUGACCAGGGCUUUAACUGGGAAUCAUUCCUCCUCUUCCACCAGAGGAUGUAGAAUAGAAGCUCUGUGCAGAGAGAAUGGGUGGUAA